CUCGGCUGCAAGGGCGCUUUGGCUCGAGUCAGUGAGCGUCCAAGAUGUCGGCGCCGUUGGCGGUAAUUUCAGGUACGGGGAGGCCCGUGUGGGGCCCGGAGGCCGUGAAGGGAGGUGUCGGUCCCGCAGUGUGACCCCGGCUCCCUCCCGCCCCGCCCCCCCCAGUUCGGGAGCGAGGGGCUCCUGGCGCCCUGGCCGGCGCCCUUCUCUUCACGGCGGGAGGGACCAUCGUGCGGCCCGUCGUGGCGCCUCCUCCUAUCUUCCACUGCAACGUACUAUUGACGGCGUUCCUACAUAUAUGCCUUUCAAUCCUCCAUGCGGCUACUCGGAAGUAAGUCCCGUUGAUUUCAAUGGGAUUUGCUACCAGGUAAAUGGAUGAAAGGUUGCAUCCCACAGCUGCAUCGUGCCGGUCCUUUCAGUUCGUAGCGCCUGUCAAUUAGCUUCGCCCAUACAAUUUUUACAGCUCGGUUCCAGUACAUAAAUGUAACCGGCAAUAAAUCGGUUUGGGGGGGGGUGUUAGAUAAGUAGGAUGCUGCCCCUCUCUCCCCUCGCGCCAAGACUCACUGCUAUGACAAUGUAACUCAUCAUAGGGCUCCUCCUGGGUCAUUCAGAAUUCUCUGUGCUUUCUGCUUGGUAGCCUCUGAUCUCGUCCAUUUGACUACAGUACACUGAUAAACAUUCAGUAAAAUAAUGACGUUAUGGAACUUUUAACGAAAAGGUUUUUUGAAGUUUGUUUUGGAGUUCAUACAUCUGGCAGAAUAACUUUCAUCAUACUUGGAACACUAAUCUCCAUUGGUUAAGCACACUUUGAUGCAGCUAGAAUGGCAAUUGUAAUUGCCUGAGAAGCUGCGGCUUUCCUUGUGUUUGCCUACUUUUCAUUUCCAAGUUACUAAUACAUUUAGCUGUCGAGAUGCUUCAUUUGUUGCAUAUUUUCUAUAUGGGAAACACUUUUGGUUAGGAAAUGGAAUAAACUCCCACGUCCGUCAGAAUAACUUGGUUCGUGCAAAUACACAAGUGUGAGUGCUCCCAGAGUGGAGACCAUGGCUGCUCUUCAUCUGUGGGUAAAGGCAUGGUUUGGCAUAGCACAUUGUCCAAACUUGGGCUUGUGGUUUGUCUCAUCCAAUCAAAUCAUGAGCUGUAAUCAAUGAUUUGCCUUGGUUUACAACUUGUGGUUUGCCUAGAGGAGACAAGCCAUGAGCACAGGUUCUAAUGACAUGCUAAGCUAAACCAUGGGGUAGCUCUCAGCAACACAGCAAGACCAGGGGAGGAGGAGGAGGAGCAAAGCAGCUGUAAGCUCCGCUUUGGAAGGCUGCAUAUUUGUGCUAAGUCAUAGUUCAACUUAGCGGUUCAUGCAAACUGAGGCAUUGUGUGCCCAGUGGCUCCUGCCUGGGAUCUUCACACGUGCGAGUGUGAGUAGAGGUUUUAUGCUUUGUCCUGUGCAAAGCAGCUGUUUGGGAUAUUUAAUAUAAAAGGCAACCUAAAGUCUGUGCUGGCUCUUGCAUGAGAACUCCUUUUUACUCCCCUUCCCCACUCUUUGUUCCUCUAAUCAGCUGAAAUGCAUCUGAAAAUUGGAUGAAGGGUACCAUUAUCAUAUUGGUGUGUGUACUGUAUGCAUGUGAACAUUCUCCAUCCUGAACCUCAAUUACUCCAGCAUAUCUGGCUUGGGGGUUGAAUUAUUCUGUUUUACAUAAAGUGAAUGCAAGAAACCCCCAUCUAGUGUGUAUCUCUUCAAGACUGCAGCAGCCACUACUGCUUAUAAUACAGUAAAGAUGGCAUUACUAUCUGUAUGGCAGCAGGACUGCUGGUUUUGCUACACCUUUUAGAUAAUUCAUUUGAUUUAAUUGUGUUUUUGUAAUGUUUUGUCACAAUUUCCUGUUGUGAAAGUAUUGUUUAUAUUAUUUUUAGCUGCCAGUUUGUGGGGGCCCUACAAAGACAUUUGGCAGGCAGUGGUUAAUGCUAUCUGGAAAAGGCAACCUGAAGCAACACAUCUUCUUGACCAGAUCUUAAAGAAAUACAAGUCUGACUUCAUAUCUCUCUUCAGAAAUCCGGUAAAAAGUAAACCUUUGCUCUAUUGGGAGAUGGGUGGUAAAAAGUUUAGUUGGUAUUGCACUUGCUUAUUUAAGUCAUGUUUCAUAUGGUAACUGUAUUAAGACUGCACCUAAUGGGGAAAUGCUGUUGAGCUCAUUCUCAUGGUUUGGAGAAUUGACAGUAUGAUGACAUACUGUACAUAUGAAAUGUCAUCUCAUUUUUCUUAUGCAUUUUUGGUCAGAGUUGGCAAUUCUAAUUUCUUUGUUUUGUAGCCAAAGAAUGCCCAACAGCAUGAAAAGGUUCAGAAGGCAAGUACAGAAGGAGUUGCUAUCCAGGGCCAACAAGGAACCAGACUCUUACCAGAGCAGCUAAUCAGAGAGGCCUUUAUUCUGAGUGAUCUUUUCGAUAUUGGGGAGUUGGCAGCUGUUGAACUCCUUCUAGCAGGUAAUGUGAUAUUGGAAUGGGAACAAGCUGACCUAUUCUAUUCUGUUCUAUUCUAUUCUGAAGAGACAUACCUCUGUUUUAGGGGUAUGUCUGUGUCUCUUCAUAGCUCUUGUCCCUUUACACCAUUAGCAGAAGUAGAAUAGAUGAUUCAAAAUAAAAGUAGCAGAUUUUCAUAAUUACUAAAGCUGGAAUAAUUUCUUACAGAAUGUUAUAUGCAUGUUUGCAUGCAUAUAUAUACACACCUUACUUGCUCAUGAGGCUGUAAAAUUGUCAGGCUAAUUGCACAACAGUUAUUAAAAUAUUAAUUUAAUAUUAAAAUAGUAAGAUGCAAUUUGGAAUACAUGUAGUCUAAGACACUCUGAUUACUAGAAAAAAUAUGGAAUAUUUUUGCCAUCUAUGUUACAAUGCAUAGAGAGGUGGUGCAAGACUUAUGUGGAGGUCAGAGGGAAUCUAUCUGCCUUAGCUACUGUUCUUAGAAUAGGUGGGGCAUGAUUUGGCUGAAAUGGUGUGGGUGGGUGGGUGGGUGGGUGGGUGAAAGAGAGAGAGAAGGGAUGGGUUUCUGCAUUUCAUUAAGGGCCCAUCUACCUUUCUACCCAUAAUUUGAGCACCAGUGGCAGGGGAGGGAGAGAGAAUGAUAAUAGAAAAGGUGGCAUAAAUGGAGACUUCUCUUAUGACUGUAACUUUCUUCCAGGGGAGCAUCAGCAGCCUCGUUUUCCUGGGCUAUCCAGAGGUUUAGUAGCUGUUCUUUUAUACUGGGAUGGAAAGCGAUGCAUUGCAAAUUCAUUGCGGACACUCAUCCAGUCUCGGCGAGGCAAGACUUGGACACUGGAACUCAGGUCUGUAUUCUUAAGCAACAGCUUCUGAAAAUACCUAAACUAAAACAGUAACAGUAUUUCUAUGUUGAACCUAGCUUUUUUGAAGUACUGCAGAAGAGAGAGAUUCGCCCCUGUUUUCCCCUAUAAAUUAUGAUUCUGCUUUUGGCAUUUUGCUUUGUCUCCAUCACAGAAGCUUCUGUUUUUCACAUUUGUUUUAAUGGUGUUUCUGGAAUUUGUUCCUUUUGAUUUCAGUCCUGAAUUGGUAUCCAUAACAACACGCUUUACAGAUGAACUGAUGGAGCAGGGUCUCACACAUAAAAUUCUGACUUUGGUGUCUCAAAUUGAUGUAAACACUGAGUUUGAGAAACUGCAGAGAGACCGAGGAUUGGGCAGUGAGAAACAUCGCAAAGAGGUAAAUGCUUAAGAUGUUAGAGACAGUAAGUACUUCAAAAUUUAUUUGCUAUAAAAACAUCAAGGGUUGCCACCUCCUGCCCUGAUGUUCUACUCCCCUUUGCUUCCCAAAAUGUUAAUGGUGGUAACUGCUUCACAUGUGGCAUGGGAUAUAAUUUCUAUGAAAGAAAAUGAUGAGCACUUAUGUGUUUUUCAUCAUGUGAAUAUGAGUGCAGAAAUGCAUGCAGUCUUAACGUGUGAUGAUGUACAUGUGAUUUUCCAACAGGCAAGUGAGUAUUGCCAUAUAAGUAGUAAGAGCACUAAAAUUUGUUUUAAGUUCUUCCAAGUAUUAAGACUGUGCUGGGGCCGGGGGUAACCUGAGCAAUGCGGUCCAGGUCUGGCCCCGAAUCCAAGGGUUCCGCGAGGAGUCAGUCCGACAGGGUCAAGGCAGGAAACUAGGCAAGGUCAGGCACAGGAUCACAGGCAGGUUCUGGCAAACAGCAACAUUGCUCCUGCAACCUGAGGCAGGGUCCGGCAGCCUUUUAUCUCUGUCGGGGUAACGGCCGGUGACUCACCUGCCUGUCUUGCCCAAAGGCAAGCACUCCUCCUGCGAGUACUCAAGUCUCUCCUUCUCUCAGACCUCAGUCUCUGCAGCUCGGGAGAUGUCGGUGGGUUACUAGACUCAGAGGCCGUCUCAGCCUCUCCUGACCCAACUGGUAGUGGAGCAGCUGUAAGUGAUUGCCCAGCUGGAGGCAACGACGUAAUCUCCGCAUCUGGAGCCAGGGCAGACUCAGGCCCCUGACUCAGCCUAGCUGGUGCUUGUUGCAAGGGAACCUGUGCAGAUUGGGGCUCUUCAGAAUCAGGCCCCAGACUGGGCUCAGCUGCCGCCUGAGGCAAAGGAUCCGGUGCGGACUGAGACUCCUCUGGCUCCCGAGUCCGAGCCCGAGUCCCAGGCCAUCACAAAGCCACUGACAAAGUUCACAUGUAGCACGAGGCUGUGGUUUGUCAUUGCACAGUGAGUCUUGAGCUCACAUACACUUACUUCAGUGUUUGGCAGUUCAGAUGUAACACCAAAGUAUGCAUUGCUGCAAACAAGGAAGUCAUGGUGGGGACUGGAGCAAGCGAGGGAAGUAGGCUGUGCAGAAACCUAAGGCUCAUUUGUACAAUGUGAAACUAUGGUUUGACAUUACAUGUGAACUUGAUCAGUGUCCAAUCUUUUGUUCAUUUCAUGGUGUAUUUGCAAAUAUUAGGCAUGCUAAGAAACAUCUUAAAAUCCUGCUUUUGGUUACAAAAAAUUAGUUUUGGGAUUGACUAAUUCUAUGCAUUUUCAUAAAGAGCAAGUCCUUUUGAAAUCAGUGGGGCUGACCUUUGAAUAAACAUGGAUAGUAUUCUUUUGUAUAUGAUAAAAGCAUAUUUUGAAGCUACAUACGUAGUAACUUGGUUUUUAUUUUAUUUUUUAGGUUUCUGAUCUCAUCAAGGAGUGUAGGCAGGCACUGGCAGAGAGCUUAUUUGUUUGGGCUUGCCAGUCACCGCUGAGCCGGGAUGAUACUCUAAUCCUGAUUACUUACUUAGAGAAAGUGACUGUGGAAGCUGAUGGUUCAUUGGACAGAGUAAACUUGGCACUUCUUAUGGCCCUCCUCUAUUGCUUUGAUGUCAGCUUUCUAGAACAGGCCACUGAAGAUCGAGAAGGUAAAACUGGUUUUCUGGCUACGCCAAAAGUUAUGUCAUUCAUAUAGAGUAAGAUGAGUUAAAUUUCUGCUGUUUCCCAGACUUCCCCAUUUCUUCUCCAGAGUUCUUAAUUGAAUCGUUCACAAAAUUUGAUGGGAGCUAUUUAGCUCUGAAUUACAAAAUAAAAGAGGUGAAAGAGGUUAUUGUAUUUGCUGAGUCAUCCAUUUUAUUUUCAGUGGACUUGAAACAACAUUUCUUUCUGUAUUAAACUUCUAUUUUGUAUUUGCUUUUUAAAAAAAUGUAGAACUGAUGCACCAGCUGCCACUGUUAACAGAGAGACAAUAUAUAGCUGCAAUCCAUACACGCCUUCAGGAUGCUCGGCCUUGGAAACUGCCAGGACUUCAAGGAACUGUUAGGUUAGCCUGGGCUCUAGCCUUGCGUGGAAUUUCACAGUUCACUGAUGUGACAGGUAAUCUGAUUCAUAGACAAGAAACUCAAUCCCACCUGUGUCCUUUGCUUAGCGGAGGAAGUCAAUCCAUCAUGCAUAUUCCUUUGUUUAAGCUGCCAACCCUUAAGUAUGCUGUUUAUGAAAUGUAUGCACAGUUAAUAGCUUUAUAAUAAUAAUAAUUUGUUGUUACGGUCGGAGACCAGCUUGUGAAACACAAAUGGGACUACAAUCCCCAAAGCAAAACAAACAUUUAAAACAAUAUACAAUAAUGGAUUUAAAGUUUUAAAAUGUGAUAGUAGCUUUAUGAGUCUGUCUCUUGCAUUCAUUCUUCUUCAUUCUCUUCAGCACUUGCAGAAUUUGCUGAGGCAGAUGAAGCAAUGGCAGAGUUAGCAAUUGCAGACAACGUUUUCUUGUUCCUUACUGAAUCUGUGGUGAGAGCUGAAAACUUCUACCAAGAGGAAUUUUACAUACGUAGAAUCCACAACCUUACCACCGACUUUCUUGCUCUCAUGCCAAUGAAGGUAAGUUGUAUUUUUGUGGGCUGGAUAUAAGUAGGACAAAUAUUCCAAUGCAAUCUAUUUAUGCAGACUAAUAUUGUAUUUCAGUGUGGGAAUUAUGUCUUGCAUUUUGUGUUCAUAUAUGUGUGAAAUUUUAAAAUACACGCAGCGACCAUUUUGUGCUUGUCCAAUUGACAACUGGGUCCUUGCAUGGGGGUUACGUUCCAAGGAUGGCAUGUGUGUGCAAAAACACAUAUACUUGAACCACCCCUGCACAAGCAAUCUUACCUUCUGGAACUAUUGCGCCAAAAGGGUCUUACCCCACCAAGCAAGGCAGAGUGCUUAAAAACUUUCUGUCCCUGGAGAUUUCAGCUGGCCAGCCUUCAACCAUGUAAAGAUGAAAUUGCACAUGUUAAAUGCACAUAAGUUGCAUGCAUACUGCACAUUGUUUGGCUAAAUACUGUCUUAAGCCCCAGUGACCAGUUUAAGUAAUAUAUUUUUUCUUAGAAAAAGGAACUACUUUCUGUUGUGGUCCUUGCCCUCUUCCAGAUUGUGCACAUAUAAAUUAUUUUAUGUUAGUAAUACUAUUUUGGCUGGUUGGCUCGUCAUCUUUACUAUUUGCUGGGGUAGUUCUCUUUUCUAGUAACAAUCUCUCAACUUGGUCAUGUUAAUCUUACAUAGAUCUUCUUGAAAGUCAUUCUCAUUCUGUUUAAUGGGACUUACUCCAAGGUUAAAUAUACAUAAGCUGCCAUUGUAUACCCAUAUACUUUUGGAGGAAGCUCCAUAGAAUUCAGUGAGUUUUAUUUCUGGGUAUACAUGUAUAGGAUUGUGCUGUUCAGCUGUUAAUUUGAAUUAAACUACUUGCAUAGGCAUCCUGACUAGCUUUAUAUUAUAUAUGAUAUAAUUAUCCAAUCUGGAGAAUUCUAGUAAUAGGCCUGAGCUUCAUUUGAAGGAGUCAUGCUUUUUUAUUCUAUUCAGUUGCCUUCUAUUGUUAUAUGAAACAGAUACAACAGUUGCACUUUUUCUACAUGGUGACUAACUUUUUGGGGAAUAGAGGGGAUAAUUCAGCUAGAAUGAGACAUGUUUCAGUCCCAUAGAUUUCAGUGAGAGAGACAAGCAUGUGAUCAAUUUUGUACCUUUGAAAUCAGUGGGUCUUAAAUAAAUGUAAUUAGUGAUGUCAACAGUUUUCUCUUAUCUCAUAUGCAUCUUUGGUACUGGUGUAAAGAACCAGUUCCUUGUGUAAUCUUACAGUGUGGUAAAUCUUUAAGGAAACAUUAAAAAAAGAUUAUAGUGGCCCUUUCAUAAAGGUAAAGGUACCCCUGCCCGUACGGGCCAGUCUUGACAGACUCUAGGGUUGUGCGCCCAUCUCACUCAAGAGGCCGGGGGCCAGCGCUGUCCGGAGACACUUCCGGGUCAUGUGGCCAGCGUGACAAGCUGCACCUGGCGAGCCAGCGCAGCACACGGAAACGCCGUUUACCUUCCCGCUAGUAAGCGGUCCCUAUUUAUCUACUUGCACCCAAGGGUGCUUUCGAACUGCUAGGUUGGCAGGCGCUGGGACCAAGCAACGGGAGCGCACCCCGCUGCGGGGAUUCGAACCGCCGACCUUUCGAUCGGCAAGCCCUAGGCACUGAGGCUUUUACCCACAGCGCCACCCGCAUCCCCUUUCAUAGAUACAUGCUAAUGAGGUUUAGUCAAGUGCCUGUAAAAGCUGUCUGCUUUUGUUCGCUUCAUAGUUAAUUAUCAAUAAAUUUAUUUCCUUGGCAAACUGUGUAGGUCAAACAGCUAAGAAACCGUGCUGAUGAAGAUGCUCGCAUGAUACACAUGAGUAUACAGUUGGGUAAUGAGCCACCUCUUUCUCUUAGACGGGAUCUGGAGCAUCUGAUGUUUUUAGUAAGUACUUUUAAAAAUAAAAUGUUGAGAAGUCAUAAUAGUUUCAUUUUUUAAAAAAAAUGGUACAUUGAUUAAAAAUAAUACAGUUGGAAUAGCAAGAACAUUGGUGCCAAAUCUUAUAUUAAAUACACUUCUGGCACCUCUCAGGUGGGCUCCAUUGCAAUUAUAAGAGAAGCAUUCAUGGUGAGUUCUGGCAACUCUUUUUCUAGAAAAGUGGCACUUUUGUAUCCCACUUAAAAAAUACCAGAUGUGAUGUAAGGUAUGCUAAAGUUACUAUAUUUCUUCUUAACACUGGCAAAUUAGUCUUUAGUCUGAAAAAGUUGUGUAAGUUUUUACAAGCUGCCCCAGGGAAUUUUGUGACUGGAACGGAAUACAGUGGUACCUCUGGUUACGUACUUAAUUCGUUCCGAAGGUCCAUUCUUAACCUGAAACUGUUCUUAACCUGAAGCACCACUUUAGCUAAAGGGGCCUCCCACUGCCACGUUUCUGUUCUCAUCCUGAAGCAACGUUCUUAACCCGAGGUAAUAUUUCUGGGAUAGCGGAGUCUGUAACCUGAAGUGUAUGUAACCCAAGGUACCACUGUAGUGUUAAUAUAGCUGGGGCUGCUGCUAAUGGAAUCUGUUUUGUAUUUGAAUUUGGUGCACGGAUGAUAAUCAGGUGCAAUGCAAUGUUACUAAAGAUCAUGAUAGGCUAUAGUAUAUACAUAUAUACAUGUUUGUAGGUAUAUAGUACUCACAUUAUUUCUGUUCUACAGAUUGCUGAGUUGUACAAGAAGGAUCCAUUUAAUUUGGAGCUUGCUCUUGAGUACUGGUGUCCUUCGGAGCCCCUGCAGAGUUCCACCAUCAUAGGAUCGUAUAUUGGGAUAGCCCACCAAAGACCACCUCAGCGUCAGGUGAGAAAAUGCCAGUUCCCUCCGCUGUUGUUUGGGCUUGGGUUUUCUUGAAAGCAUUUAAAAACAAUUAGUAGCACAUUGUAUUUCCCCAAGGGCUAUGGAUGCUUGCAUUUCAUAGGAAGAGGGGUCAAGCUGGGACACACCCAGUUGUCCUUCUGUGGCACCAAACGUCUUGUCUGAAACAACACAACUGCUUAAAAUGAUAGUGACAGCAAAGGUGGAUAAAGGAGAUUCAGUUGAUUUUCAACCCCAUCCCACCCCCUGCUCCCCUCUGCAUUUGGGCAUAACAAUACUGACUUGCUGUAUUGGGCAUUUGAAAGGAUUACAUUGAGCAUUCUAAAUGCCAAGCAGUUUUCCAUGUUUCCUUCAAGUUUUUUAAAGCUACUGUAUGCCAUUGGGCAUAAUCCAGCAAAAGUUCAGCAUUUUCAAGUCCCAUUGAUUUCAGUGCAAGAGAUAAAAAUACUCUUAAAUCUUCCCCGCUGCAAUUGAUGGGAUUUAAAUGUACUUAACAUUUAACUGAAUCAUUCACCUAGUGCAUGUUUGGGACACCUUUGGCCCUUAAGACAUUGAUGAACUACAGCUCCUAUCUGUCCCAGCAAGCAUAGCCAAUAGCCAGGGAUGAUGGGAGUUGUAGUUCAGCAAUGUCUGGAGGGCCAAAAGUUCUCCAUGCCUGCCCUAGUACCUUGGAAGGGGUGGGGAAUUCUUGUACAACCAAAACCAGUUUUAAGACAAUCAAGGCUAGAAAAGUGAUUUGAUUUUGGUUGCUAGCGUCUGAACAGAUUGUGUACAUUACAAGUUAAUUUCAAACUUUAACUUUGGGGGCCUUUGGCUUUUUGGCAUUUAUUUCUUCCUAGGCAAAUGUUUCUAUACUUUUUUUGUAGGUUGUUUUGUCUAAAUUUGUUAGACAAAUGGGAGACCUCCUUCCAUCAACAAUUUACAUUCCUUACCUGAAAAUGCUCCGGGGAUUAGCCAAUGGGCCCCAAUGCGCUCAUUACUGCUUUACUUUGCUGAAGGGCAAUGGCAGCAGCCAUGGUAAGAAAUAAGGCCUCAAAUAGGCCAACAUACUUUCCCAUUCACUUGAAUCUGUUGCAGCAGAACCUCAGUACUAAUGCAUUAUUUGCAAGACAGCCUAUCCUGAAGCAGACAAGGAAGUGAAUGCUUUAGUCUUAAGGUUUUCAUAUUUGAAUACACUAUGUUCUUAAGCACAUUUCUAGUUGAUGUUUAUCUGUGUUCACUAUAGCUUGUUUCUAUGUGUAAACUUUGCGGCUUCCUUUUAGGAAAAGAACAAAAGUAACAGAGCACAUGUAAAAGGUUCCAAGUUCAAUACCUGCCAUUAGGGGGUUGGACUCGAUGGCCCUUGUGGUCUCUUCCAACUCUAUGAUUCUAUGAUCUCCAGGUUGGGCUGGAAAAGACUUUUGCCACAGACCCUUGAGAGCCACUGCCGGUUCGUGUGUGGACAAUACUGAGUUAGAUGAACCAGUGGUCUGAUUCAGUAUUAGGCAGCUUUCUUCAUGUCUGAGGGAUAGAGUAUCAUGGUAUAAAUCAGGGGUCAGCAAACUUUUUCUGCAGGGGGCCAGUCCACUGUCCCUCAGACCUUGUGAAGGGCUGGACUAUAUUUGGGGGGGCGGAAUCCCCCCAACUCUCCUCUCCCUUCUCCACAGCACCGGACGAGCCCUGGUGGCUGCUUACCUGUGCCUUGUGAGCGGCAGGGGCUGGCGGCGGCAGGGGGACGAUGAGCAGUGUGAAAGGGCUGGCUCUGGAGAGAGGCAGCUUAAAAUGGCGCUCAGCCAACCGCAUCUCAACAAAGCCCACCCCCUUCCUCCUCUAGGCAGGGCGGGGAGAAGCCAGGAGCAGGGAGGGAGGAGGCACCACCGCUGUGGUGUGUGUGUCAGGGGGGCGGGGAAUGGCACAGCCCAAAUGAUCAGAAUCCCCAUGCCGAUCCACGCAGCGAUUCCCAGACCGUCUGUGGGCCGGAUCCAGAAGGCAAUUGGGCCGGAUCCGGCCCUCAGGCCUUAGUUUGUUGACCCAUGGUAUAAACAAAUGGGACCCGCAACCAAAUGUUGCACUGUGGAGUGCUCCUGUUAAGGAUUCUAGGAAGCCAUUCCCUUUCUAGGCUACUGCAUUCCAUCCUCCUCUACCCCACCCCCCCAAACUAUCAGUUGGCUUUCCCUGCCCACUAAGCAUACUCAGUUGUUUUGGUUUCCCUUUGCAGGUUUUUCCACUGAAGAUUUUUUGUGUAUUGGAUUGCUAGUGUUUUUCAGAUGAUAUGCAAUAAAAAUGUUUAAUCUUAAAUUUAGGGCAGGUUUUGUUUUUUCAGGUGUAGGCUUAGUUAACAUAAUCUGUACUCACACAGAUAUUUUUCUCCCCCUUCUAGCUGAAAACAUCCAAGGAGCAGGUGGCAGUCCUGUCUCCUGGGAGCAUUUCUUCCACUCUCUGAUGUUGUACCACGAGCACCUGCGGAAAGAUUUGCCGAGUGCAGAUAGCAUUCAGUAUCGUCACCUUCCUCUCAGAGGCAUCACCCAGAAAGAACAGGAUGGAUUGAUUUCAUUUCUGCAACUUACAGAAACUAUAGUGAAAUGGGUAAACAGGCCUUUCCUUUAAUGGUUGAUGCAUUCAGGAUUCCGUUUGUCCAUUAUUUUAUUAAUUAAGUUGGCUUUACAAACCCAGCACAUUUUAUAUUAAAAGUCAGAUGUACUAGAGGAAAAUUGAUAUAGCCAUUGAUAGACUUGAAUUGAAGUUCAUUUUGACUGGGAGAAAAAUAGAAAGUGAGGGAAAUAGUGUUGGAUACUUAUUCAUAAUAUAAUUGGCCCCAUAAUGACAUUGCUUAGCUUUUGUUUGAAUCAUCAGAGGUCACUGGUGCUCUUUCUUUCCUCUCUAGAGUGAGAAUGCCCGCUUGGCUCUCUGUGAACACCCUCAGUGGACACCAGUGGUUAUAAUUUUGGGACUUCUGCAAUGUAGCAUCCAUCCCAUUUUGAAAGCAGAGUUAUUAGAGACUCUUUCAGCCUUUGGGAAAUCUCCGGAAAUUGCUGCUUCACUGUGGCAGUCAUUGGAAUACACCCAGGUAUCUUAACUCUUCCAUGGCAGUUUAACCCUUAGUACAAUCCUGUACGUAUUCUGACACUAUUUAGCAAUGUAUGCUCUGAAUACUAGGAGGUUUAUGCUUUCCCCCAAAUUCUAUUUUAUUCAACUGUUGCUAGUUCUUACUUAAAAAUUGGUGGCGUUAAUUAUAUGCAUGGCAUUGUUUUCUGUGUUCGGAAUGGCAGCAGCAACUGAAACAGAAUGAAAAAGUGCAAGUCGAAUUGAUUCUCCUUCUGUGAUGUAUUAUUUGCUUAUGUAUUAUAAAUCUGUACUGGCAGAUUCUGAAUAAGGUUAAGAAGAAAGGCAGAUUUCCCUUUUUGUGGAGAGAAGGUGGGAAUGUGUCUUGAGGUAAAGACAGCUGAUCACGCUAGCACUCUAGUCCUUUUAGGUCCAAUCAAGAAAAUUGUGCUGCCUACAAAGGAGAGCCAGCGCAGAUGCAAUGCAGCCUUAUAUUUAAUAAUUUUCCUGGUAAUCCUAGGUGACCAGGUAUUCAAUAAAGCAAAUGAGCAAGUUGGUGGUGGAGAAGUGGAUUGCUAUGUCACUCCUCGACUGCUUUUUAGUAGAAGCAAUUUUGUUAAUAGCCUGUGUUUCUAUGCUAGCUGCUUCUGUUCUGUGGCCAACAUGGAAAUUUAGGCUAGUAGCCUCUUAGUAGGUUUGUAAACAUUGGCGGACUUGUAACUUUCGUGUGCUCAUUCCCUUGGUGACGGGAAAAGCCGAUAGGACUUUGCACUCCUUCCCCAUAGUUCCUCCUUUCUUGCGCAGGUUCUCCAUUCUCCUUUUGUCACCAGUGUUAGCUGUGGUUAGUUGUUACAUUUGCACUAUCUGUGAAUUUGCAAACUAAAUGGAAGAGGAUGGGAAGAGGGAGCAUGCGACUCAACCCCAUAAUCAUGGUUAAGGAACAGGAAGUGUUACAUUUGCGUUAGUCUGGUGUUCUCUACUGGGACGGGUAUUUUCAGGAGCUGCAUUAAAAGCUUGAUGGAUAGAGUUUAAUCUGUCUUUCUGGACAGGUGACAAUAUAUUUUCAUAUGGGUAGAAGCUCUUGAAAAAGAGUGUGCAAGAUAAACAGCAUAGCUCAUUUUUUAGCUCUCAUGUUCUUUUGAUGAUUAUGAAAAAUCAUUUCCUUUCUCUCUUGUUUGUUUUGAAAGAUACUACAAACUGUCAGAACUCCAGGCCAAAGACAAGCCAUUGGCAUUGAGGUAAAAUCUGUUUCUAGUUAGCUACAUGGUUGUACAAAGUGAAAAGCUGUGGGACUGCUUCAGCAAAGAGGAGCUUCAGAGUCUUUUACUUGCAUAUUUAAAAAUAGUAAUAAUAGUGCACAUACUCAUUUUUUUUAAAAAAGUCAAAUUCUUCAGAAAAGUCAAAAGGGGGGGAAAUCCUUACAAGAUGAGUAGACGCCUGAAAUUGGUUGUGAUGAGCGUUCUGAUCCUGUGCAGAUUUAAGCAUGCCUAAACCUAUUGAAGUCAAUUGACUUAGAUGCACCUGACUCUCAAACUGCAAGCACUCUUGGAAGCAAUGAGGGUUGUUGUGACUUAACUUGUUUCACUGAUUACUAAUUAACUUGGCUGUGACUAGUUUCAGCUUAAUUGAGGCCAUAGACAUUGAAAAGCAAUAGGGAAAUUAAAAACCUACUAAAACUUAAUGCCCUACCCCCUUUUAGUCAUUUUUUGAAGGCAAACAUGCCUUGUGCUAUCCAACUGGUUGUGGGGAAUCAUGGGAAUCUAUUGUACCGUAUUUUUCGCUCCAUAGGACGCACUUUUUCCCCUCCAAAAAUGAAGGGGAAAUGUGUGUGCGUCCUAUGGAGCGAAUGCAGGCUUUCGCUGAAGCCUGGAGAGCGAGAGGCAUCGGUGCGCACCGACCCUCUCGCUCUCCAGGCUUCAGGAAGCUAUCCGCAAGCCUUGCAAGCCCGGUGGGAGUUCCCGCGGGCUCACAAGGCUUGCAGGCAGCAGCCUGCAGCCCCGGCGAGUGUCCACAAGCCUUGCGCGCCCAGCAGGAGGUCCCGCCGAGCACGCGAGGCUUCGGGCGGCAGCUUGUCGCCCAAGCACGGGAGCCCUCCGGAGGGCUCCCGUGCUUCGGGCGAGUGUCUGCAAGCCUUGCGCGCCCGGCAGGGGGUCCCGCCCAGCGCGCGGGGCGUGGGGCGGCAGCCCGUCGCCCGAAGCACGGGGAGCCCUCCGGAGGGCUCCCCGUGCUUCGGGCGAGUGUCUGCAAGCCUUGCGCGCCCGGCAGGAGGUCCCGCCGAGCGCGCGAGGCUUCGGGCGGUAGCCAGUCGCCGAAGCACGGGAGCCCUCCGGAGGGCUCCCGUGCUCGGGCGAGUGUCUGCAAGCCUUGCGCGCCCGGCAGGAGGUCCCGCCCGAGCGUGCGAGGCUUCGGGCGGCAGCCUGUCGCCCGAAGCACGGGGAGCCCUCCGGAGGGCUCCCCGUGCUUUAGGCGAGUGUCUGCAAGCCUAGCGCGCCCGGUGGGAGGUCCCGCCGAGCGCGCGAGGCUUGGGGCGGUAGCCUGCAGCCCGAAGCAAGCGAGGCUUGGGGCGGCAGCCGUGGCCCGGGGGGGGGGGGAAUAAUUUUUUUUAUUCAUUUCCCCCCCCAAAAAACGAGGUGCGUCCUAUGGGCCGGUGCGCCCUAUAGAACGAAAAAUACGGUAAUUGUAUAAAAAAACCCCCCAAAAAACCUUCUAUAGAUACAUUCUGACAUUAUGAUGCACUAAAUUACAUUUUUAAUAAUGUUUGUUUCUCUGUUUUCUUGCAAAGGUUGAAUUGAAUGAAAUUGAAUCCCGGUGUGAGGAGUAUCCUUUAACUCGUGCUUUCUGCCGGCUCAUUAGCACGCUGGUGGAGAGUUCAUUUCCUUCCAACCUGGGUGCUGGCUUGCGCCCACCAGGCUUUGAUCCAUAUCUGCAAUUUCUGAGAGAUUCUGUGUUUCUUCGAUUUCGUACAAGGGCCUAUCGGCGAGCUGCUGAGAAGGUAGCUUCUGCUUCUAAAUAUGUAUUGUUUUAACUUCUAUAGAUGUUUCUAAACUUGAUGGUGUUGACUUUUUAAAAUGAUGUGAUGUUUUGCUAAUUUCUGCCCCUAAGAUUUACAGCUAAUCACAUUAAAUCUGAGUUGAGCUAGUGACUGGGUUCCAUGUAUUCCACUGCCAUAACAUGAUGCUCGGAAUUAGAAGAUUAGCAAUACUUCGGAAGGGGUGUAGCUCAGUAGUAGAGUCAGGUACAAUUCCUGGCCAUCUCCAAGAGCGGCUGGGAAAGGCUUCUGUCUGACUGCAUGGAGAGCCACUGCCAGACAACAUAGAUUGUACUGAGCUACUUGGACUAAUAGCCUGAUUCUGCAUAAGGCAUCUUUUUAUCUUACUAAAAUGGGAAGCUGAGGUUUGAGGUGCCCACUUUUAAAAUAAUAUUUUGUGUGUGCUUUUCUUGACAGUGGGAAGUAGCGGAAGCAGUUCUAGAGGUUUUUUACAAACUGCUGAGAGAUUACGAACCUCAGCUUGAAGAUUUUGUGGACCAAUAUGUUGAGUUACAAGGUAUGCUCUUUCCUGGUUUGUCUUUAGCUCCGUUUUCGUAUCUUGUUUGGGGAAGAAAGCAAAAUGGUGACCAGUUCUCCUGCUGGCUUUUAGACUGGUCCUUCAGACUCAGAAAAAUAGUUCUGGGGGAAGCUAGCAAAGAGGAAUUGACUAUAGUCUAACAGGCAAACAGAAUGAGCAAAUGCAAAGUUAUAAAUUCAGGGAAGAAAGUACUACAAUGUCAAAAGCAGCUGGAUUUUGUCAUUGUUUUGAAGCUGGUAUAGGAGAAGAAGGGGUGGUGACUGUGUUUAGAUUUGCUUCAAAAAAAAGCAAUGACUAUAAUGCUGAUUUUACUGAAUUGUACUUUUAAUUUUUUAGGAGAAGAAAUUAUAGCUUAUAAACCACCUGGAUUUAACCUGAUGUAUCAUCUGUUGAAUGAGUCACCAAUGUUGGAACUGUGUCUUAGCUUGCUGGAAGAAGGGGUUAAACAACUAGAUACCUAUGCUCCUUUCCCUGGUAUGUAGCAAAAAUAAAUUAAAAAUUCAACUUAAAAAAAAUAUUUUGAUGCUACUUACUGUAUAGCCAGUGAACUGAAUUCUUCAUUAUGUAGAUCCACUGCAAGGAAAGCUGUUGAAUAAAAGUUGGCUAUUCUUGAGUUGAGUCUUUUAAUACAAAUGGUGAUUUAUUAUGGCUCUAUUAAUGCACAUAUGUAGAUUGACUGCAGCAUUAUAUCUUUCCCUCCUAAGCGUUCUAGGCAUGGAAGUGGGAUUGUCUUUAUUUCCUUUCCUUCCACAGGAAAGAAGCACUUGGAGAAAGCUGUACAGUAUUGCCUUGGGCUGCUUAAUCUGACCCUACAGAAAGAGAACCUUUUCAUGGACUUGUUAAGGGAAAGCCACCUCUCCCUGAUUGUUACAUCCCUGGAACAGCUGCUGCAAGGAAUCAACCCUCGGACUAAAAAGGCAGACCAUGUGGUGAAUAUUGCCAGGUAGAACCAAUGCAUUUAGAAAGACAGAUGUGGUUCUAGAGAGACUGGCAUAAUGUGAGACCAUUGUGUGCCUGUUGAGAGGUUCCUACAGCUUGCUCUGCCCCUUACACAGAUUAUCACUAUUCAGCCCACUGCAAAGAAAUCAAAUAAUGUCUCUGUACUGUUCUGUACUGACCUGAUUUUAAGGAUCGGGUCCAAAUUACGAGUCUGUUCUGAGCAGUUGCAUAUGUCUGAAAGCCUUUAGGGUUUCCCCUAGGUCUGCUGAUGCCCUCCUUCUGUGUGUGUGUUGUUUUGGUUAUAAACGGCUGGCACUCGGAACAAAUGAGAGAUUUUUGUGUAUAAUAUGAUUUAGUAUCAUAUAUACAUGUCUGAUGUAGCUGCAUGCAGCAGCAGCAUAUGGGGGUGGAGUGGGGAGAGCAGUAGCAUCCCCUUGCUGGUGGCAGUGGUGCUGUGUUUGUGACGAUGGGACAGGGUGAAGCAGUGGCAAGGCUGACAACAGCAGCCCACAGGUGUGCACAGCAGCGAUGGCAACCCAGAGCUUGACCUUGCUGCUGCCUCAUGCCAUCUCUGUCACAGUGAACAAUGCUGCUGCUGCUACUCUCGCCUCCCUUCACCUGCUUCUGCACACAUAUUUUUAGCCUUGAUACUAAUUUUUAUGAAUAAUAAUAAUUUUAUUAUAUGUACCCCACCCAGCCACUCUGGGUGGCUUUCAGCAUGGAAGUAUUAUUAAGGCUCCCUUUCCCCCCUUUUCUCUGGCAUUUCUGGUUGGAAUUGACAAUUCCUAUGUUCUUGUAAUUUUCAAGGUAUCUAUAUCAUGGCAAUACCAAUCCUGAACUGGCUUUUGAAAGUUCCAAGAUCCUGUGUUGCAUUUCCUGUAAUUCUAAUAUUCAGGUCAAAUUGAUUGGAGACUUCACACAAGACCAGGUAACUGUUGUUACAUUUGUUUUUUAUGCAAGGGUUAGGGAAGAAUGAUGUAGCCAGCAUAUGGUUUUACUGUUAGAAUGGUUUCUAACCAGGUCGGAGUUGUUUACAUUUGUAUGGUUCUCAGGACCUUCCCAUCUAGUCAGCAAUCAAAUCUCACUUAACUUUAGCAAUAGGACUGCUUCAUGUAACUUCAGAUCAUUUUCCAAGACUCCCUACAACUGAUUUCUUGGGAGAAGGAGUCUGCAGAUCCUUUGAGCUAUAUGGUCUGCACAGGACCAUAUAACUCAAAAGAUCUGCAUUGGCUACCUGUUCAACACAAGGUCCAUUAAGAUGUUUUGAUGUAUUAAAUCCUAAAGUCUCAGGACCCAGUUUCCUGAAAGAGACUUUCUCCCUAUAUUGUUCUACCUGGGCUUCAAGAUAGGCAGGGGAGGUCCUAAAUCAAUCUGUCAUCGUAUAAUACCUCACUAUCUUCUCAUUUCCAUUCUUUGGUUGCAAAUCCAGAAUAUCAGCCAGAAACUAAUGGCUGGGUUUGUGGAAUGUUUGGACAAUGAAGCUGCUGAAGAAAUCAUUAAUGCUGAUGAAGGUAUGAAAGUAGUCCAUUUUUUGUACAUAAAAAUAAGCUGCUGGAUAACUGAGAAUGAAUUAUCAAGGAUCCUCAGAAUGUGACUAUUUGCAGAACUGAAAACCAUUUUAUUAAUAUAUUUUUGGCCUAUAAUUGAGUUCAGAAUCAUGUGCCCUUUUUUCUUAUUUUUAUAACAUUUUGGGCAAAAGGCAGAGCACUAAUUUGCAAGCUAGUUUUAAAAGCAAUUCUAUAGAAGUCGCUGCUCCACAAAAUACUUUUAUGUGGAUGGACUGGCAAUUUAUACAGCUGAUAAUUCUUUGAGGCAUGUUGACACUUGGAAAUACUUUCGUGUACACUUCUCUGCCUGGAUAGGUCAACACAAGUGAUUAGGCAAGUGACUAUUUUCCCUGUUGUAACAAAAAUACUGUACAUUAUUGCAAAUUAUGCAUGUUUCCAUUAAAAACGAUUGGAUAUUAGAAUUGAGCACUUCAUUAAUUUGUAUCACUGAUGUGUAUUUUUGGUUCCCAGAACUUGAAGCUGAAAGGAAGCAGGCCCCAAUUUACCAUGAAACAAGGAUUAACAUCCUGAACCUUCUCAUUGCCUCUUUGGAGUGCAGCCCACCAAAUCUUGCCUUGUAUCUUCUGGGUUAUGAAUUCAAGAAGCCUGUGAGCAACACAAACUUGCAAGACCCAGGUACAUGGCUGAAGAGGGCAGGGUGCAGGAGCUGCUGUUCAUAUGUUGGAAGGAAUCAGCUCAGUAGUAGAAGGAAUUUAUUUUUGCCCAGAAUGGGCAGACGUUUCAUGCUCAGUAGACAUAACAAAAUGAUCUACAUUAGGCUUCCUCAAACUCGGCCCUCCAGGUGUUUUGAGACUACAAUUCCCAUCAUCCCUGACCACUGGUUCUGCUAGCUAGGGAUCAUGGGAAUUGUAGGCCAAAAACAUCUGGAGGACUGAGUCUGAGGAAGCCUGAUCUACGUCAAGGGUACUUUACUGUGAGUGAUUACAGCUAUGACCACAUGUUUCAUGCCAGCCGGCUGCAAGUGAAAAGUCUUGCAAAAAUCAGACACCUUGCAAAACCCGGCAAGAAGCAAGAGGAGGCAGACUGAGCAGGAUUUAACCCUGCUUAUCAGUUGAUGUGUGGGGCAUUAAAUCCUGCAGCUUUGGAGGUGGGAACAGGCAUGCAGCAAACCCCACUCUCCUGACCAUCAGCUGACAUGAAUGGGCGUGGCUUGGGGAAAAUGGACCAUUUGGAGGGCCAAACUAGACCCCCUGAAGGACCAGGAUUGGCCCACAGGCCGAAGGCUGGUCACCCCUGAUCUAUUUGCUGUUCUGUUUGUUAAUUACCUUUUCAAAUUUGUAAGCAGUAUUAACAUUAGUGUGAAAGUAUAUAUAAAUUUGACAAAAUGAAUGAAUAAUUGGAUCCUUGCCCAUAGUCCAGUUUUGAUAAAAUGCAAUAUUAAAUUAGAGUAAAAUAUUUGCUAUUUUUGUGAAGUAAGUCUUUAAAAUAGGGUGAUGUUUCGUUUCUAUACAUCAUGCACAGUUUCCCCCCUAAAUAUGAAUAUUGCAUCUUCAAGGUGUAUUGGGCUGCCCUAGAACUUGCCUACAUGCUAUUUUGACCAUACUGGAGAAUGGUACCGAAACAAGGUCUGGUCCCACAGCGGUUCAACAAUCUCCUCAUCUAGCAGAAUUGUGUUACCAGGUAUACAUGAUAUUUCCUGUUUUGUUGUUGUCGUUUAGUUGUGUCCGACUCUUCGUGACCCCAUGGACCAGAGCACGCCAGGCACUCCUGUCUUCCACUGUUUUUCUUUUCCACUGUUUUUCUGUUUUGUCCCCCCCCCCCCAUUUUAGGAAAGUUAAAAUGGGGUGCUCUGUAUAAAUCCAGUGAGCUUUCAAUUACAAGGGAAUUGAUUUUUGCAGUUUACUAAUAUAAUUUCGGUUUUUUUAAAAAAUUAACUUUGCAGUUCUACUGAGAAGUAUGUCUCAUUGAAUUGAAUGGGAUUUACUUCCAGGUAAAUGUGUAUAUGUGUAUAGGAUUGCAUGAGUAGAUCUGAGUUCAAAUACAAUACUUAAUUAGAAAUAUAUUGGCUAAUAUUAAAGGAAACUAAUAUCUGGAUUUCCGUCUUGUUCAAACAGGUGAUCUAUCAGUUGUGUGCCUGCUCAGACACUUCAGGCCCGACAAUGAGAUAUUUGAGAACCAGCCAAGAUUUUUUGUUCUCUCAGUUGCAGCAUUUACCAUUUUCUGUCAAAGGUAAGCCUUUUCAAGUACAGUCUCAUAAUUUUAUUUUUAGCAAGUUAUUUAUAACCUGCAUUUAAGAAAGCACCUUAGAGACCAAUUGAGUUUGUUCUGGGUAUAAGCUUUCGUGUGCAUGCACACUUCUUCAGAUACUGGACAAUUAUUUUAAUUUUUUAUUUCGACUGCGUCAGACCAACACGGCUACCUACUUGAAUCUGCAUUUAAGAAACAUUAUUUACAAGUGGCUUGCAAAAUAUACCGUAUUUUUCGCUCUAUAGGACGCAUUUCAAAAGCAGCUCCUCUUUUUCAGGGCUUUGCCAUUAACUACAUUGUGUGGAAAGCUGCUUUACAUAAACAACUUCCCACACAGAGAGCAAUGCCCCAUUUGCUUACAUUUCCAAGCAGCAGAUGUGUAACAAAUAUAACAUGAGUCCAACCAGCAAUGGUAGGCUCUUCUGAAGUGUCUGUAUUGCUCCCAUUCUUGCCCUAUCUUGACUUUCAGAGCAUGAGAUUCCAGCUUUGAACCAGAUGUCCUGGCUAAUGAAGACGGCCUCUAUAGAGUUGCGUGUUACUUCACUGAACCGCCAGCGUUCUCACACACAGAGACUCCUGCACCUCCUUCUGGAUGACAUGCCUGUCAAAUCCUACUUAGGUAAAUGGAGCAUGGAAGGCUGCUCUAAGAAUCAAAGACUGCUCAUAUCUGAAGGGCUCCUUUCCAUUUUUUUAUUACUUUCCACUUUCAUAUCUGAAUGAUAUAAUGCUUUCCUUAUACUUUAUAGUGGCUAACUUUGGAAGUAAAUAUAAGCCAAGGUUUCAGACCACAUGAAUUAGCAGUCAUGCUGUGGGCUGUACUGAGCAUUUAUAGUACUAUAUAUUUUAUAGCACUUGAGACAUAAUACCACACACACAAUGAAAUCAUUAUAACCUUACAAUAUUUUAAUGCAUUUAUUAGGCUGGAAUUUCCCUAGGUAAAGGUAAAGGGACCCCCGACUCUGGGGUUGCGGCGCUCAUCUCGCUUUAUUGGCCGAGGGAGCCGGCAUACAGCUUCCGGGUCAUGUGGCCAGCAUGACUAAGUCGCUUCUGGCGAACCAGAGCAGUGCACGGAAACGCCGUUUACCUUCCCGCUGGAGCGGUACCCAUUUAUCUACUUGCACUUUGAUGUGCUUUCAAACUGCUAGGUUGGCAGGAGAAGGGACUGAGCAAUGAGAGCUCACCCCGUUCCGGGGAUUCGAAUCGCCGACCUUCUGAUUGGCAAGUCCUAUGCUCUGUGGUUUAACCCACAGCGCCACCCGCGUCCCGGAAUUUCCCUAGAUAGCAGCAUUUUUAAUUUUUAAAAGUCCUUUGCUAAGUUUGAAUUUGUGCAACUUUGCUUUCAUUCAUUUGGGAAAAGCUCUCCAAGGAGUAUACAAAUAAAAUUUUCAGUUAAACACAGCUAAAAUCCAUAAACCAGUUUAAAACAAAUAUGCAUUAAACUAUCAUAAUUGAAAGCAAAGAAAGAAUCGAGAACUUUAACAACAAAUAUUGGUAACUAAAUAAUGUCUGAAUAUGCUUGCUGAAGCAGAAAGUUUUCAGCAGCAAUCUAACGCAAUAUAGUAAGGGUGACUGCUUAAUGUCAUUAAGCAGGGAGGUCCAAGCCACAGGUGCUGCCACACUAAUGAAAUGCCUCCUCAUAUGGAGAUCAUGUGACACUUGUAAAAGUGCAAUAUCCGCAGAUCAAAGUGAUCAAAUAGGUCCGCAUGGGGCAAGGCAAUUUCUUAAGUAAACUUUUUCAAAAUUUCAAUCCUCUUAGCUGAAGGUGAAGGAGGCAUAGAAGAUGAAAGCCGGUCUGUUAGUGGGUUUCUUCAUUUUGAUACUGCUGCCAAAGGUAAGUCUCGUUGUGGCUGGUUUACUCAGUACUUCUACUCUGGAUUAGAACCUGAGCAGUCUGUGUCCUGUCUUUGCUUUUGCUUAUAUUGAAAAAUUGGUGGCUAUGAGCCAGGUGAAUUAAUUUAACUGUAAACUAUUGUUUAAACGUUGUGUCAGCAAUCUAAAACACAACUGUUUCAUGUACUGGAGGCAUGAGCUAUAUAUACUGUAUACUAAUUUGCAGUUUGUUGGGCUGUUUACUGCACCUCCCGGGGUCUUUUUAUACUCCUGAAAUAGCCCUUUAUAUGGUCAGUGUGACAGAGCUCCUGGUGGGGGCGGGGAGAGGAAGAGCCUCAACAAACACUAGUGGACUCAAAUUGCUGUUCACGACGAUAUCUUGGUCGGAUAGGGUUGUACAUGUCCAGGAUCUGACUAUAUGUCAAAAGUAGGGAACCUCUGUCUCAUAGGCUAGAUUUGGCCCAUCAAGUCUCCCCAUUUGGCCCACCAGGCUGUUUUCUCCAAACUGUGCCUACCUGCCAUAUGUAAAGUGUGGCAAGUAGAGAUGUGACAGAAGAAAGCAAGGUUGAACUUCCUCUAUAUCAACUGGUGCAUGGGGAAUUCAAUUCUGCUUGGUUCAGGUGCACAAAAGACAUCUAUGGGUAACUUGCGCGCUCCAAUCUUGCAGAAAUCAGGAUUGAAUUCACCAUGCAUCAGCUUUUGUGUGGGAAGUUCAGUCCUGCUUGUUCACUAGCUCUCCCCAUCACCGUUAGGCCAAUACUGAGAGGUGGGCAGGACCACCCACCUGUCCAUCACUUGAUGUCAUUUGGCCCAGAGGUUAGGGUGGAAUGAAAUAUCUGCCCCUCCAGGCCAAAAGGUUUUCCCACCCUGCUGUAAGUAGAUAUUUGUGUCUACAUCUAACAUUUCAGGUUUAAAUGUUUCCCCUUUUUAUAUAUUGAAUUUAAGGAAACCAUUAGGAACAAAAUUAAUUAUAAUCAGAAAGCUCUUUCCAUUAAAGCUGCUUUAACUUCUGUCUUCAGAAUUCAGUUAAAUUCUGAUUCUUCCAUUUCUGAAUAGAUUUUUUCCUUCCUUAGUACGCAGGAAGAUCUUGAGCAUCCUAGACUCAAUUGACUUCAGUCAAGAGAUCCCAGAACCUUUGCAGCUGGAUUUUUUUGACCGUGCUCAAAUUGAGCAGGUCAUUGCCAACUGCGAGAACAGAAGUGCACGUGGACCAGUUAUCUGCAAUGUCAAGGUGAGCAAUUUCUAGAAACCUCUGUACCUGGCUUCAGUUAGUUUAAGGGUGCAGUGCAGCAAACAUUAUGUAUAUUCCAACAUUUUUUAUUUCCGUGGAAGAUUUUUAGAUAAAACCUUAACGCUCCCACUGACUUCAGUAUGUCACCAUUUACAUUAGUAGCCUCUCAAACAUGUUCUUCCAUGUGAGAAUUAACAUUGGAAUAAUUUAUAUAGGUUUUUACUUACAUACCUAAUAGUGAUAUGGUUAUCUUCAGGCUCAUACCACUGUUGUGCCAUCUUCUUUACAAAACACAGUGCCUUGUAUUCAAUGUCUUAAAAGGAAAGCUGACAUUUCAAGUUGAACAUUGUUGUACUUUCCUUGGCCUGUUUCAUUUAAGUUGAACUGGGGUGGAAAUGAAAUUGUGGACCUAAAUGUGAAAUGAGUGAAGUGAAUCGGAAAGGGAAUUAGUAGUGUUUUCAUGUUCACAAUUGUCUCCAAAUUUUACACAUAAUAGAUUAACAAAAGACACCGCUUUCCUUUCUUCAAUUCUAGCAUCUCCACAAAGUUCUGAUUGCUGAAGUUAAUGCUCUACAAGGAAUGGCAGCCCUUGGGCAGAGACCUUUGCUCAUGGAGGUAAGACCACUUAAAAUGUGUAAGCUUGAUUGAAACCUGGGAAGUUGCCGUAUACAGAAUCCAUUAAUUGGUCCAUUUAUCUCAGCGUUGUUGACACUGACUGACUUCAAGCAGGGGCCCUACAUGGAGAUGCUAGGGAUUAAACUCAGGACUUUUUUUGACAUGCAUAGCAUGUGCUCAACCACAGUUGUGGCCAUUUCUUGAAAAACAGCUUCAUGGAUUAUUUUACUACUAAUUGUUUUUUGGAAGAGCCCAAUGCCUGUCAUUCAUUUCAUUUUAUAAAUGCUUUCAGAUAAAUUACUUUGCGAUACUUCAUUUAUUGUCUCAGCAGGGCUUGGAUGUAGGUAGCGCCGGCAAUUCUCGUCUUACCUAAGGCCACCCAGUGACUGUGAUGCUGGUUUCACGGUGAAGCAGAGCAUCGCUUCUAAGGAAAACACAGACUGAGAAUUCUGCUGCCCAGAAGGGGUGCAUAGACACCCAGCAUCUUCUCCAUUUUUUCCCUUAUCAAUUGUCCUCAUUAAACUCUCAAAAGCAAUUUGAGUUGCUAUUUAAAGGGAAUCUCAAUGGGGAGACAACCAACAUUCCUCUGAUGGCAUUUUCCCCCCUUUUAAGCAGCUCCCCGGCAAAAUCCUCAAGCUGCUUUUGAAACUUGGCUGAGUUUGAAAGGCAGUCUUAGGGUUCCUUGGGCAACUGAGGAGAACGCAAACAUGUGUGCACGUGCCCUGCUUGAUUAUAGGCCAAGGGUAUAAUAUAACUUUCAUUGAAGCUGCUUUUUAGAUAUGUCCUUUGCAACUUUGUUUAAAAAUAGAGCCCUUUUUUUGGUCUACUUUGAGAUAACCUUUUCCUUGACCGUCCAGGAAAUCAACACAAUUCUCCAGUAUGUUGUGGAACGGAACAAGCUCCUUCAGUGUCUCUAUGCUAAGCGGCAUGCUCUGGAGUCCUGGAGGCAGUUGGUGGAAAUCAUAUUAACUGCCUGCCCACAGGACCUUAUACAACCUGAAGAUAGGCAGCUUAUUAUCCGUGAUCUCUUACAAGAUUUGCAUGACAAGGUAAGCCCCUUGAAAUGACAUGGUAUGGUGACGCUGAUGGCCAAUUUGGGUGUCCAUUUUGAGUUUUUUAAAAUGCACAGUUGAAUACCUAAUGGUUUCCAAUCCAUUCAUAUUUACCAGCAAUUUCCCCUAACAAAAUCUAUGUGUUCUGAGUCAGCUAUGCCACUUACUUAGCUUUUGUUACUGUUGCUUCCCAACAUCACUUUACAGACUUUUUAACACUUAUUCAAGGGGGGAGGCUGGAUAUGGGCUUUUGAAUGUUCCUGGAUUGCCAUAGCUGUACCUUUCGGAUCCAAUCAAAGUAGAGGGUUUGGGGGGGGGGGUCUAGCAAGGAGAUCAGUGUUUCUGUACCACACACCGCUUCAUGAUUGAGACACAUUUGUCUCAUUGCUAUUUAAAAUUGAACAUUCUGCUUAUAGUCAUUUGUAUUAGAGAUGGCUAUAGAAGUUAUGCAGACGUGUAUCGCAAGCAUGUACCAAAACAGCAACUCUUUCUUUUGUUCCCGUAAGAUCCUGAAUGACGAUGCUGCUCAGGAGUUAAUGCCUGUUGUGGCGGCAGCCGUGUUCACCCUGACCGCCCACUUAAGUCAGUGUGUGCGAACGGAGCAAAAGGAGCCAUUUGCCGUCCCUCUGCCUGGGCACUCGCAGUUUGUCUUGAUGCUGGAUGGUUCUUUCACAAUACCACCUGGUUCUGAAGGCAUGGUGGUGGGAUUCGCCUCUAUUGGAGACUCUUCUCUACAUAUCAUAUUGAAAAAGAUUCUGGAUUUCAUUCUGAAAACAGGUAAUUUUUAAUGACCACUUUAAAAUAGAUUCCAUAAUCUUUGAAGCAGUUGAUUGAUGUGCUCCCCAGGUUCUAGGGAAACAGAUUGGCGUGUGCAUUACAAAAGCCAGCAUUCUGUAAAUAAGUUGAGUCUUGAGGUGGAUAGCAACAGAAGAAUGGUUUAUGUGUGCUGUCUUUUUCCACAGUAUAAAUACCCUUUUUUCUGUCUGAGCAGGUGGUGGCUUCCAGCGAGUGAGAACACAUCUGUAUGGAUCACUGCUUUACUACUUGCAGAUUGCUCAGAGACCAGAUGAACCGGACACCCUAGAAGCAGGUAGAAUACAAAAUGGUGAUGAAAAGAGAACAUGCGCUGCAUUUGCAACUAUAUUGGAUCUCUUUAUAUGACCAGAGUUCACAGUCCCAUACUUCCCCCCGCAUUCUCCAUCAGCAAUAAUAACUUUAUUUCUCUGGUUUUUUCAGGCUCCCCAAAGCCAUUAUUUCCCAGUCCCAUAUAUGUAUGAAGCUGACUGGUCAGUUUUAUUUCAUGCCCCAUAUCCAGCCUUGGAUUUCAUCUAUGUUCAUAGACUGCAGUGACCCAAAAGCGUGAAUGCAGUGGUUACUUUUCUUCUGUCAUGAGCACAUUUCCAUUGAAGGCAUCUUGUGUCCUUUCACUGAAGAAAAUAUGUGUGUGUUUCCUAUCAGAGUUCAUCCGAAGAAGCUUUUUUGUUUGUAUUUUGUUACAAGUAACAUUCUUUGCUGAGGGAUCUGUUUUCUCAUUUGAACAUUCCAACUAAAAUACUCUCCUCUUCCCCUCCCUAUAAAGGCAAAUGUAGUUGUUCGCCUUUAAUUUUGUCCUUUUCUUCCUCUUUAUAGCCAAGAAGACCACGUGGGAGCGUUUAACAGCGCCUGAAGAUGCUUACAGUAAACUGCAGAGAGAAAACAUGGCAAUUAUUGAAAGCUAUGGUUCUGCCCUAAUGGAGGUGGUCUGCCGAGAUGCCUGUGAUGGUCAUGAAAUUGGACGGGUAAAUAAAAUAAGAUAUUCUGUAUUUUAAUUUUAAACAGGUUCAGGUCACAAUUUGGGGAGAAACACACACUGAUGUCUGAAUUUUGGAACAUUCAAAUAUUUAUUAAAUAAUUACUUGACAGUUUAGGAUUUUUUAAAAAGAAGUUCAGUAAGUCUUUCAUAUCUUACAUACUUGCUUUUGAUAAUUAUUUUCCGGUGAUAAUACAUAUAUACCAGGUGAAGUGUGGUAAACGUUUGCUACCUGUGCCUGAGUAAUGCAGCUGUUAGCCUGCUUUCCUUGUUAAAUCAUUCCGUUUUUACAUUUGGAAAAAAUGACUGCAUUUGUACUUAAAGUUGGUUCUAUAGCAGAAAAGGUAGUAGAUAAUGAAGAGCGAACAUAAUGUAAGCUAUGACGGUUGGGAAAGAAUGCCCGGUGUUUACUCUUGUUCUGUUCUGCAUUUUUUAAGCAGUCCAUAUAGUUUCAAUGUAAUUCGCCAGUUUGUGAAGAAACACGGUUAAUGAUGAAUAGCGUGUACAUAAUCAUGACCAACCAAACUGGACAUUAUAAAAAAGUUUUUUGCCACUAAAAAUAGCAUCUACAUUUGCCAUCCCCCUUGAUAAUGUCUACCCAGCACUUGAUAUCACAGCAGUCAGUGAUCUAGAGUGGGGGUAUGUUAAAUGCAUGUUUUCUUAGACAUUUCUUAAAUCUGCAGAUUAGUAGUCCAUUCACGGAUUUUAUUUACUAUCAGAACUUUUAAAAUAAUGUCACUGAAAAUAAGAAAAUUUCACUAGUUUUUGCUUGUGUGGAGAUUUCUUGGAACUAGCACAGCAGCAACCCCCAUAGAGCACCUCUGAAACUGGGACAUCGUUUUUCUCUCAUUUUGCAUUCUGGCAAGAUAUGCAGCUGCAACUGUAGACUAAUAACUUCGUAUCGUACAAUAUUUGUUGCCAUGCUUGCAAAUGUAAAACAUUAAAGUAUUAGGAGCCAGUAUCAUCUUAGCUAGUCUGCAGAUAUUGUACAUUCCCAUUAUUUCAACAUAGUUAGAAAUACCCUGUUUUUAAAUAAGCUGCAGCAGAUAUUAGAUAAUUUUUGUAUCCUUUCUUGAGGAAUUUAAUCUUUCAUUUUUGUUUUUCAGAUGCUAGCACUAGCCUUACUUGAUCGCAUCAUCUCUGUAGAUAAACAGCAGCAAUGGUUGUUGUAUCUCUCCAACAGUGGCUACCUAAAAGUGCUUGUAGAUAGCCUAGCAGAUGAUGACCUCAAGCUGCAAAGCUUACUUACACCCCAGCCUCCUCUUCUUAAAGCACUGUACACCUAUGAGUCAAAAAUGGUAAGAUCUUAAUAACUGUUCAGUGACCUGGGGUCCACACAGCCAAAUCCUGGAUUAAUAAUCCAAGAUAUGCAUGAGCAUCAUGAACCUGCAUACAGCCCCUUUGUGCAAGUAAAGAAACAAGCAGGGAAACCACAGUUAACUGAAGCUUCCUGUUACAUGCAAACUGGGAAUUGUGGUGUAUGACAGCCAAACAUGCCAAGGUUUGUAAGGCAACUUUAAAACGUGGUUUCAUAUCAUGGCAUGUUUGGGAGCCACUGUUCCCAGUUUGUGUGUAAUGGCAAGCUAUGGUCAGUUAUAGCUUCCUGGCUUGUUUCUCUAUUUGUAUGGCAGGAGGAACCAGGGCAAGAGCAAAAGAAACUCUGUGUGGGUACAUGGACCUCAUGCAUAACCUGGCUUAAUAAGUGUUGUGUCACAUCAGGGUUCCUAUUACAAAUAUUAACUAGAGAUGUCUUAUUCUCAUACUUAUAGCUUACUGGUAUAAAACACAGGUGUUCUCUCCGCUUGGAGGAAAGUUCUUUGAAGAAAGAAAGGUGUGGCAGGUUGCUGGACUAGGAUUCCUACUUCUAUCCUAGUCUUUUCUCCACUUCUGUACAUAGCAAGUUCUGGAUCUGCUCUGCUGUACUGGUUCAAGGGAGGUUUCCCUUUCUGCUCCUUAGCAGUUGCUUGUCUUUUAAGGGGCAGUAGCCUGUAUAGCCAAUAGCCAAUAUCCAAAAUCUGAAAACCUAAUUCCACAAGUGGUGGAUGCUUUAGAAUUACAUUUUUUGAUCUGCAGCUCUUCCACCCCCACCCAGUUCUGCAUGGCAAGUUGCCUCUGAGGCUGAGAAGCAUUUCAAAUGCAGUUUAUGACAUGUUUUGGGGGAUCAGUUCAUAGAAAAAAGCCUCUCAGCAAUUUCUUAGAUUAGUGCAAUGCCAUGUGUUAGUCCAAGUUGCUUUUAGAUCCUAGAAUUCUAAAUAAGUGUAUUUUAAAUCAUGUCCAUUGGCUGGGUUAAAUAAAUGAAUACAAUUCAGUUUUUGUGUUUUAACUUGAAGGUAUGUGUUAAGGUUGCUGACAGAAAAACAUUUAGAGUUGCCACAUUAAAAAAUAUAUAUAUCCUAUGUUCUUUUUAAAAUUCAUUUUCUUUAUUUUUUACAAUAUGUUUCAGGCAUUCCUGACCAAAGUGGCGAAAAUACAGCAGGGAGCACUAGAGUUACGUAGAUCUGGAGUGAUUGUGAAGCUUGCCCAGUGUCAGGUAUAUGACAUGCGACCAGAAACAGAUCAGCAGGGGUAAGUGUCAUACAAUUUGUCCUCAGAGUUAUGUCCGAAGUUGCAAACACAUCCCGAGAACAAAAUCUCUCAGUGCUGAGGCCCCACUCUGUGUUUUACAAUGAUUAACAUUUAUAUGCCUUCAUUGAAUUCAUGCUGCUGUGUCAGGAAGGAUCCUAUCCAAACAGGUAUAAGUAUAUUAGUAAUAGUGCGUGUUUGCUGGAGAUGUGGUACAAAAUUAUUUCACUAUAGGUAGCUCUGCAGCCUUUGACUCCUGUGCUGCACUGUUGAUAGGAACAAGCCUCUCUUGAGAUGACCGUGCCAUAAGAUUUGGACUCCCUCCUUGCAGACUGAGGGUGUAAAUAUGUGAAUCAAUUAUAUUUCUUAAAGCUAUGUUAGUCUCCUCCACAUCUUUGAUUCUUCAAAGGAGCACAAAUGAUGGGGAGCUUCUGGAACCCACUGGACUUUUGCUACCAAUCAACAAAGAGUGGGGGUGGCGCCCAUCUUUCAUAAUAUUAUGUUCUGAGUGAUGUUUUUUAAAAUCUACCAGUUAGUUAGUUUCUCUCUUUUUUUCUCUCCUUUCUUCAGAAUAUUUGGAAUGCGAGAAACCCCCGUCUUUAUUCCUGCUCCUGUAGAACGCUAUCGCCAGAUUCUUCUGCCAGCUCUUCAGCUGUGCCAGGUCAUCCUCACAUCUAGUAUGGCAGAGCACGCACAGGCUGCAGGACAGGUAAGGGAAAAUGCAAGAAAUUCCUAGUGGUGUCGGCUAUUCAUUACUGUUGCUCCUUUCCACAGCAGACUUCGUGUUUUAUGUUUGUUAUUUCCAAGCCUCCUCUACUGAUACGUUGUCCUAAAGUUCUUAAUUGUAUUUUAAUUUUAUUUCUGUAUAUACUUUCUUGUUUUGUCAUAGGUUUUGCAGUUCCUAAUAUCACAUUCAGAUACUAUCCAAGCAAUCUUGCGGUGUCAAGAAGUCAGUGUGGGGUCGUUGCAAGAACUGGCCUUGCUGACUGGGAUAAUCAGCAAAGCUGCUCUGCCUGGUGGGUACCUUUGGCAGCCAGUUUAUAGUCAUUCUAAUCAUUAACUUUGUUACAUACAAAUAUCUCUUUCACCGAACUCACUUACCUUCGUAAAAGUAUGUGCAAACUUUUGACUUGCAUAGAACUGAAUAGGUGUGUCAAGUUCACAAAAGUUCUUGGGCUAAUGUUUAUGUGUCGCUUAUUUGAUUAUGCAUUCUAACCAGAAGAUGAAUAAAAAUGAGCCCCCAUUGUAUUAUAUUUCAUUAGGUGCACUAGGUGAUUUUGACCUUGAUGUUACGGAAGGGAUGCAGAUUGAACUGCAAGGACAUAUUGGGCGAUUUCAGGUAUGCAAUUUUAUGAUCACAGCAACUGUUUCGUGUUAAUGGUUUGAAUUCAACUCCCUCCUCCCUGGCAUGACAGACAUGCAAUAGAUAACAAGCAGCUAUACGUGGCAGGUGGAAACAGUCAUCAGUUUCUCUACAUUCCUUUGAUUUUCAGCGCCAGUGCUUGGGCCUCCUAACAAGGUUUGGUGGUAGUGAUAGAUUGCGUCAGUUUAAGCUGCAAGAUGAUCAAGCAGAGGGAGACAAAGUGAACAAGAGAGAUGAAAUUGAACUGGCUAUGCAACAGGUGAGCCUCUGCUGAGUAAUACAACUAAAAGUCCCUUUUUCACAAUGGUAAAAUGUCUGUUUCUUCUUUUUUCUGCCAUAUUAUCCUAAGGAUGUUGCUGUUCUUGCUUUUUAUCUUCCUCUGCAGAUCUGUGCCAAUGUGAUGGAAUACUGCCAGUUGCUGAUGAUGCAGUGUGCCCCCACCUUUGAGCACACAGUUUGCCUCUUCACUCCUAGCCUGUCUGAGACCACUAAUCGAGAUGGACCUCGACAAGGUUGGUUUGUGGUUUUACUGGUGUAGAACAGGUACUGUAUUCCAGAAGCUGAGUUAACACUGGCAAGAAGUUAACGAACCUCGGCAUGUUCUUUCUCAUAUACUGAAAAUUCCCUUUACAUUGUGUUAUGAGAUGCUGCAGGAAGGUUUGAGAAAUUUUCUAUGGUGGAUCAGGCUUUUAAACAGCUUAUUUAUUAUUAUGUCUUAUAUAUCAGUCUUAUAUCUUGCCAGCAGUUUUAUAUGACAGAAAUAGUGAUUAGGCUUUGAAAAUACUGCCCAGAUAGCCGUAUGUGGUUGUGUGAAACAUCUUUCACAAAAUAAGUAAUGCGGUUACAUUAAUUUAUCUUUGUAUUUAUCUAUAUAUUAAAUUAAUUUCAAUGUUUAUAAAUUUAGGCUUUAACUACCGCCCCUCGGGGAAUGUAAGCUAAUUUUUAAAACUUGGAUUGUCAUCUGUUUUAGAUCCACAAGCAGCGGUGAUUCCUUAUUGGCGUUUGCCUGGCUUGGGUAUAAUUGUCUAUCUGUUAAAGCAGAGUGCCAAUGACUUCUUCAGUUACUACGACAGCCAUCGUCAGAGUGUUAGCAAGUUGCAGAAUGUGGAGCAGCUGCCACCAGAUGAGAUAAAAGAGGUAACCAACUUCUGUUCCUUUGAGUCUCCUUCAGAUUUAUUAUGCAAAAGAAUGUAUCAUUAUUGUAAAUAACCAGUUGGUGAAGGGAAAGCUUAGUAAAUGUAUCAGUGGCCAUAACAUUAUUCUAACAUUCCAGAAAAGCAUCCUGUUGGGUUUUUCUUUCAACAUCUAUAUUUAUACUUAUUAACUCUCAGAAGGGCUAGUGUGAGGUAAACAUUCUGGGUUUAGACACAUCUAAACAUUUUUACUUUCCCUGAUAGAAUAAAAUGACAUAAUUAAACUAUUUUUCCCCAUCAAACUUCGCAGAGACUAUCAGGUUAGGGAUUAGUUUGUCUGAAAAUAUGUAAGUUGAUUUCUUUUAAGAACAAAAGUAGUCAUAAAUCCAAAGCUUCCCAUUAACAUGUUUUAAGUUUUCUGUAAAAUAGGAUAAAGUUAGAUUUUCUGUGUAGUGGAGUCCGUAGGGCUCCUACACACUUUAGUGAACAGCUACAUGGUAGUAUGUCUAGUAUGUCUUUAUAUGUGUGUUUGUUCUUUUCACAGUUGUGCCAGUCAGUUAUGCUCGCUGGAGUAGACAAAAUUUCUACUACCCAAAAAUACAUCUUGGCAAAGCGACGGUUGGUGAAGUUGAUCAACAAUCGAGCCAAGUUGCUUUCUCUGUGUUGCUGUAUCUUUUGAUAAUUAUGCUGAGACACUGAAAAUUUUACUGGUGAAAUUUCUAAGUCAGCUUUAAAAAAAAAAUGGAAAUUCAGAACUUGUUCAUGAAAUCUGAGGGAGAGAGGGGCUUAUUCGUCAAUCUUCACACUUUAAAUAUUGACUUUUCUAGAUCAUGAAACCUUGCAGGGUAUGGUACCCAACUAAGGACUCACUCCUUGCAAACCUGAACUUGUGAUGUUUACUUACAGAUAGAUGGAAGUGUCUCCUUCAUUCAGAUAUGUGGUUAACAAUGAAUAAUUUAUAUUACAAAACUGCAUUAUCACUGGUCUAGAAACUAGCUCCAAUGCCCUUCAAAUUUAUCAGAAUGAAUUUUACAGUGUAACUUAAGAAAAUGUCAAAACCCUGUUUUUGGUUACUGAUAUGAAUCUCAUUCGUAAACAGUGGAAUAUAGUAAGAGAGAAGGUUCUGUCCCUUUUUAAGAGGCAGAAGUAGUUUCUGGUCUUAAGGGUUUCUUAAUUUCUUUUUUGUUUGUUGGACAUGUAAUGCAAAACUGUUAAAUUGUUUAAUGCUUUAGUAGUGUGUGUUGGUGGUAAGGUGGCCUGCAGUUUCUUCUUACACGUGUUUGUUUGGGAAAUUACCAGUGUAGGGCCUUCUCUGUGACUUUGGAACCCCCCCUCCCUAGGGAAACUAGACAGGCUUCCUCCCUUCUUGUUCCAACAGCCUUUUGGGAAUUGACUGCUUUAAAUAAAGGACUAGUGCUGUGCUGUUGCUUUUUUGUAAUUAUGUAUGUUUGAUAGAAUUCAAGCUAAUUACAUAUAAAAAAAUCUGUUUCAAUGUUUAAUUUUUCUAUGUUUUUAGUGGUUUUGGUUUUAUCUGUAAGUUGCCUUGAGUCCUGUCAGGGAAAAAGGCAGAGUAUAAAUAUGAUGUUGUUUAUGGUGAUGAUAACAAUAGGACAGUAUCAACAACGGUUUUGUCUCCUACCUGUGUUUUGGAAAUAUGCAUGAAUGUUGUGGGGAAAGACCUGCCCUGGAGAAAUGUGGUCUUCUUUGUGUUAGUACUUUAAGAUGGUUAAGUUUUCUAGAACAAUGUUGAGACAACAUAGGGGCUCUUAGGAGCCCUCAUUUCCAAAUUCUCUCUCUCUCUCUAUAUAUAUGCAUUUUCCUUUACUAGAAAUGCUUGCAGAUAUUAUAGAAACGUGCCUUUUCAUUCUUUGGCGGCACCUGGAACACUAUCUGCUACACUGUACCCCGACGGAUUCUCAAGAUUCUCUUUUGGCCUCCAGGAAUCGGAUAAAGAGCAGAAGAUUACAAGGUAGUUUUCCUCAGACUUUUAGGGGUUCUUGUAUUAUGCUGUGUGAUUAAAGUUACACACUAGGUUAUGACAGUGUAAUUAAGAAUUCUGAAUGGUUUUUAGCCUGCUUAAGUAAGUUUAGUGGUAACAAUUUUUUAUUCAGUCAUAAACAUUACUUUUGUUUGGUGCAAGCAGUAUGUGUUUGAAUGCAGUUUUGGCAAUUGCUGCACCACAGUAGUGCGGGGAGGGAUUUCUUGCAUUGAUUGGACUGGUUUUAAUUGGAUUAUCAAACACAGCUGCAUUAAAAAUAGAUGUCUCUUGUUCAACAAAAUGUACACUGAAGUACUUUAUUAUUUUAAGUUCAGCAAACUUGUUGAAUGUUGUAAAGUUUUGAGCUACCUCCUCAAGAGGUGAACUCAAUAGGUCCUUUCAGGAGGAAUCCUUUGGGGGCUAGCCAAGUAGUUUUAUGGGGGUGGUAGAUGGGGGACAGAUAAUAUUGAUAAGGGAGUUUGAUGGGGACAGAUUCCACCAGCAAGUUUCAGAUUUCCCAAGUCAUGUUUCCUCUCAGUUCAAAAGAAAGAAUGAGUUGACUACCUUUUCCUAUAUAGUGUGGAAUCUUUGUCUGUGCCCCCAUGUGUUCAGAUACUUUAUGGCACUGGUUUGUGGGUUGCGGAAGAUUAAUGAUCCCACCAGCUGAAGCCAGGUGUAUUACUGUUGCACCUGCAUACAAGUCACAGAAAUUCAGAUCGUGGCUUCGCCAAGUUGAAAGCUAGAGGUUGACUUAAAGGAAAACCAGUUUGGUUGCCUGGGACAAGUAAGUCACUUCUACCUGUAUGUUUUGGUGAAAAAUUAGGAUAGGAAGAUGAUACGGUAUAGAGAGGCGAUUACUGUAUAGACAAAACAAGCUAGAAAUCUUAAAGCACAAUCCUAUCAUAUCUACUAAGCUGAAAGUGCUCUCUAUGGCACAUAGGCUACAGUCCUAUAAAUUGUUUUAUGUUAUACAUUUUGAAAGCUUGUUUUGUACCUACAAAUAACUAUUGUUAUUUUUUUAAAUUCCAAGAUACCUUCAAUUCAGAUCCUAACUUCGAUUUUAAAAGUGGAUUGAGCAGAGUGAGCCAACUUGAUAUAGAUCAGGUAAGAUCUUUCAAAUAGUCUUUUCAUGGAAACAGUGGCUCAGUUCACACAUAAUGCUAAGCUAAACCUUGGUUUAGUGUGAUGUGUGGACUCCUGAAGAAGAGGCUGCACCUACUCCUCUUCUGGUUCUGCUGCUGCUUUGACUUUAUCUGCUCCAGACAAACAAGCUGUAACCUAGUUCAUUUUUCUAUUUGGGAAGAAACAUAGAAUAAACUCUGAUGAACUUAUAGAACAUCAUUCAUGCUUCCCAUUAUAUCUUGCAUAAUUACUGAAGAUGACAAGUUACAUUUCCACUUCUGGACGAGAGAUCCUUCUGAAAUAAAAUUUAAAAGGAGUACAUUGUUAAGAUUGCAGUUAUCCCUGAUCCUUUGAUUUUUUUCCCUAACAGCUUGAGAAAUAACUCAUUGAGACCAAUGUUUUAUCAUUCAGGGGUUUGUGAUAUGCCUUCCCCUCACAAAGCCACAUAACUUUAAUUAGACUUUAUAUGAGAGCUGGUAUUUCUAAAUAAGAAAUGUAUGUAUGUAUGUAUGUAUGUAUGUAUGUUUAAAAAGCAGGGUGUAAUGAACAGAAGUUACAUUAUUUUUUUCUCACUCCUCCAGCUUCAGAUUGAAGCCAUCAACAGUUUUGGGGAAUCGCUGCAGAAGAAGCUCCUUGACAUUGAAAGCCUCUAUUCUAAGGUCCGAUCACGCUACACUUUCAUUCAAGCACUCGUUAGACGUAUCCGUGGACUACUGAGGCUAUCAAGGACCUGAAGACUUAUGCUUUUGCCUCACUGAAGUUAUUUUUUGUAUAAGUGUCAUUUUCUAAAUUAUGGUCAAAACUAUUUUGCUAUAUUUUUUCAUUCAAAUAAUGAAUCAGUUUUGUGUAAUUCUAUUUCCACCUAUUGAAGGGGGGGGGGAAUAAACAUUUUUAAAAUAACAUACAUACAUACAUACAAAACAAAACUAUUAUGGAAAGGAGAUGUAAUUUAAAAGAACAGAUUAAUCAGAAAUGGGAUCUUGGCUGAUUUUUCACAGCUGUAACAAGUAGAAACCAUGCCGAUGGGAAUAAAGAUUGUUUUUUGAGAUUCAAUUCUUUGAUGAUUGCCAAAAUAGAAGUAGAAAACCAAUCAGCCCACUUCAUAAGUAACCACUCUCCACGUCAGCUGUACUCUUGCCUUACUGCUUCCAAAAGAGAAGUAGUAAUAGUUUUGUAGUUUUGUAUAAUAUGCAGUUAGGGAUAAAGGGAAAGCAAUGUAUCCUGGGGAAUCUAGAUUACCAGAUUUUACUUAUUUUAUUGUGUACGUAUUCAUUGUGAAAACUUCUCCAUUCAAAAGUGGAUGAUGUGCUUAAACCAUUAAAACCCUCACUGAUUUUAAAACUUAACCCUAAUGUCACUCUAUCCCUGUUCAUCAAAAAUGUAAGAGAAAUAUGAGGUGUUACUUCCAGAACAGUCUUUUAAAUAAGGCCACAAAAACCUACCAAAAAUAAAAAAUUCUUCAACCUG